CCAGGCUCCUCCUGUGGCUCCCACCCCAGCAACCUGGUCUACAGCCCGGCCCCCUGCGCCCCCAGCCCCGGCCUGCAGGGCCCUUCUCCCCACAGGGGCCACCAGGAGACCUGCUGGGAGCCCCCCAGCUGUGGCCCCAGGACCCCCUCACCCUGCGGUCCCUGCAGGACCCACCCUGGGGCUCUGGGCUGUGGGUCCCCUGGCAUCAGGCCCCUGGGUGACAGGGUCUGUGGGUUCCCUCCCCUGAGCUAUGGGUCCGGGUUCUGA